CCCUUCCUCCGCCACCCCCCGCUCCCCCCGCCGCUGCCCUGCCCUUGCUUGUACUACCACUGUGCUCACGCGGAAAACCCACGCGAGCGUACGGAAGAGAGAGAGAGGGGAGUAGUGCGGAGCAAGGCACGCCGAGAUUUUUGGUGGGGGGGAGGAGGAGAGGAGGGCGGCCUCCCCGCCCCCCAAUUCUGCGGUCCUCCUCGCUCGCCCGAUCGAUUCCGACGACGCCGGCGGAGGUGCCCCGAUCGGUCGCGGCUUGCUGCAGGCGGAGGGGAGUGGGGAGGGGGUGGGGGGUGGGUGAUGGAGCCGUACGCGGCGGCGGAGGGCGGAGGGGGAGGCGGCACCGACACCGGGCUCGAAGAGUCGAUGUGGAGGCUGGGGCUGGGCGGCGGCGGCGGGGAGGCGGGAGCGGUGAGGCUACCGGAGCGGCCGGGGGAGGCGGACUGCGUCUACUACCUCCGCACGGGGGCUUGCGGCUACGGGGAGAACUGCCGCUACAACCACCCGCGUGAUCGCGCCUCCGCCGCCGCAGCGUUGAAUGGUGGUGGGAAGAGCACACAUUCAGCUGAGUAUCCAGAACGUCCAGGGCAACCAGUCUGUGAGUACUUUAUGAAGAAUGGAACUUGUAAGUUUGGCUCUAAUUGCAAGUAUGAUCACCCAAGGGAGGGUUCUGUACAACCAGUUGUACUAAAUGCCAGUGGAUACCCUCUACGCCCGGGUGAGAAAGAUUGUUCCUACUAUGUCAAAACCAGCCAUUGCAAAUUUGGAUCUACAUGUAAAUUCCAUCACCCAGAAACUGGUGGAGUUACACCUAACAUGUAUCCGCCAGUUCAACCUCCGCCUAUCUCUUCCUCUCAUCCAUAUCCACAUCUUGCUGGCUGGCAAAUGGGGAGGCCUCCUGUUUUGCAAGGAUCAUUUUUGUCGGGCUCAUAUCCACCAAUGAUGCUCCCCUCCACAGUCGUACCAAUGCAGGGAUGGAACCCUUACAUUUCACCUGUGAACCAAGUUGCGUCAGCUGGGGGACAUCAAGCUGUCCAAGCAGGACAGUUUUAUGGCUUAUCGCACCAAGGCCCUUCAUCUGCAGUCACUUACAGCAGUCAGUAUGCUCCAUUAUUGUCUUCAGCCAUGCCUUUGAGUAGUAGUAAACAAGAACCUGCCUUUCCUGAGCGACCUGGGCAACCUGAAUGCCAGUAUUACCUGAAGACAGGGAGUUGUAAAUUUGGAUCUGCAUGCAAGUAUCAUCAUCCUCAGUAUUUGAAUACACCUAAGUCUAACUGUAUGCUGAGUCCCCUUGGUCUACCUCUUCGUCCGGGUAGCCAGCCAUGUGCUUACUAUACACAGCAUGGAUUUUGCAAAUUUGGUCCAACUUGCAAGUUCGAUCACCCAAUGGGUACUCUAAACUAUAGCCCUUCAGCAUCAUCUAUUACUGAUUUGCCUAUUGCUCCCUAUCCUCUCAAUUUUGCUGUUGCUCCCGUGGCUCCAUCUUCUUCUUCAUCUGAUUUGCGGCCAGAAUACUUUCUAACCAAAGAGUUCUCAGCUAACCAGUCUUCACCACCUGGUGGCACUACAUGCGGACCUGCUGGAGCAAUAGUAAAAGCAUAUGCUCCACACAUGCUUAUUCGACCUCAAACUUCUGGAGCUGGUGGCCUUGUUACAACUCAUGGUGGAUAUCUCUAACCGCCUUCAGCAAACUUCUCAGAUUUUUUUUUUGGCAUAGGGUGAAUGAGAUCUCAUCCCCUUUUUUGCGUCAGUUCGACUUACCCUAUCAGCAUCAGUUCACUUGGACCCCCACUCAUUGUGAAUAAGGCAGCAACUGACAUUUGACAAAGGCAUGGCCAAGGUGGUAAUGUUGCCACCUGAAUAAAUUUAUCAUAGAUAGAUAGGCAGUGGCAAAGCUCUUUCACUUGCCGUUUAUCUCUUCGUGUCUGAAAUGGAACAGAGGGAAUCAAAGUCCAGUUAACUGGUUGACUAUCAUUGCAGUAUGAUUCAGAGCUCCAUCCAUCACAGUACAUAAUUUUAUCGGCGAGCAGGCCGCCGGGUUUGCACCACUGCAUGAGUUUAAUAUGUGAAAGUUAUAUGGUUCGGUCGCUCUUGCGCAAACCUUUGUUUAUUUUAAUCAUCAUCAUAUAUAUAUUAUAUAUGCAACCGUGACUUCAGCUAUAUGCAUAUUCACAUAUACACUGGGGGUCAAGAAACUGUAGUGAGAACUUGGAACCCUCAACUGAAUCGCGUCAAGCUAACUUGCUGCAUCAUCAUUUGCUCAUUUGGAUCCGACUUUAUGUUUGAACCCUGAAA